GGCUGAUGGACGUGUAUUUAUGUUGUGUUUAUUUUUAGUGAUGCUGGACUGAAACACGACAGAAGAUGGUUCGUGUCACUUUAUCAGCUCUGCUGGUCAUCCUAACCUACUUGCACAAUGCAUCAUCAAAUCUUGGUACAAGUUUUCUAGUCACGUGUCCUGAUAGUCUUCUAGCUUCCGCAUACAUUGAAUAUAUGCUGUACGUCAAUUCACCGGACAGUUCAACAAACAUUGUAGUCGCCACGCCCCUAUUGGGCUCGAAUAUUUUUACCGGAAGUGUGGGACAAGGCGAAUCGAAAGAAAUUCUCUUGUCAAGCACCUACAUGAUCAGAGGGACGGGUACAUCGUCGUACGCCGUGGUGAUAAACUCGACCAGUGACGUGUCUGUUUAUGUCGUUUUGAAACCAGGUGGUGAUGGGUAUAUGGCGCUACCCGUCGAUGCAUUGGGUACAGAGUAUUACGUAAUGACGUAUUGUGAUCAUCCGGGACACAAGCCGUGCGAGUUUACAAUUACAGCAGCCGAACCAAGUACACAAAUCGAGGUCACACUCUCUAUUAUCAACACCAGUGCGACCGUGAACCUCACUGGAACCAUUUACAGGCAUGGCGACGUCAUCACAGAAACGUUGAUACAAUAUCAGACGUUACAGAUACAAUGUGACUAUGAUCUGACCGGAACUUUAAUCGUAGCGAAUCGCAGAGUGGCCGUCAUUGGUGGGGGUGCAGGAUCCACCGUGUCACUUGGAGCAACGCCGGGAGUUCUUCUGGAGCAGUAUCCCCCGGUCUCUACGUACGGAACAGAAAUACUCGCCAUACCAUCCCAAUUUGUGAAGUCCGCCCCUGGAGAUUAUUAUCGCAUCCUGGUGGCCCAUCCGUUUACAACCAUCCAGAUUGGAGUUCAGAAUCGUAAAUUGAUCCGAGAGGCUGGGGACUGGUUUCAAACAAAUAUCUCCGAUAUCAGCGUCAUCUCCUCUGAUAAACCAAUUGUUGUGGCACGGUUGACGCUAAGUUCGGAAACUGUGCCCAGUGACGAACGCCCUACCCUGAUGAUCUUAGUGCCCAUCGAACAAUUUUUACCUAAAUCGACAAGCGUGCUGCUUCCGAAAAGUAACACACCGGAUAAUAAAGUAAUAUUAGUAUCCAAGACACCAGGACAUACUUCAAUACAAAUCAACUCCAAUUUACAAGAUCUGGGUUGGACUCCUGUAGCCGGCGCCAAUCUUGUUAUUAAAUAUUACACAACAAACGCCUUUAACGCCCAGCAGAUAUCGAGCCCCCUGGCGUCAUUUACCGUUUAUUAUCAAACCAACUCUGAUGAAUAUUCCACAAGUUAUGUUGGUGGAAUGAUGUUUAAUGUCUCUAAUCCUCUGUGUAUUGUGAGUGACACAGGCCAUGGUGAUACAGUAGACAACGACUGUGAUGGUUUGAUAGAUGAAGACAUCUGCCCUUUUAAUAUAGAUCAAGCAGUAUCUGGUCAAGACUGCAAGGAAUUCGUGUCAGGUGAACGAGAUUCAUAUGGUAGAAGAUUUGUUAUGGCAUUCCCUGGCAACAUGCAAGUAAUUAAUAUGGAUGCUUUAUAUUUGGUGUUCUCUAGUCUGUCAUCUUUAUCUGUAACGGUGACAGUUAAAACACCACUUGAUGAUACCAGGCUGCUUAUCUCUAGAACCUUCCAGACUAGUGACUAUAUUUCCUUCUCUGAUGAAUUGGAGAUGCAUGGCGAAGGUGUAUCUGAUUUAGGAAUACUAAUAGAGGCCAGUGAAGAAAUAAGCGUGUAUUCGAUGUCUGUUAAAAGCGCAAGUGACACGUCAGCAGGGGCGACUCGUCUGAUUCCAACUGAAUCCAUAGGGAAGGAUUACUACGCAGUAACCACUUGUCUAGUAGGCAGCUGUCAGAUCACGAUUGUGGCAGAUCACCCAGCAACAAUAGUAAAGGUCCGCCUACAUUUCAGCGAUUCUUCCGCGCGAUUGCAAUAUGGCGGCCAGAAUUACUACAGCGGGGACUUCAUCACAGAAACAUUAUCACAGUAUCAGGUUUGGCAAUUACAGAGUAUCCAUGACUUAACCGGGACUCGGAUAUUGGGGAACAAACCGAUUAGUGUUUUUAGUGGUGCUAACUAUACCCAAUUUAAAAUCAAACAACAAAAGGACCAAAUGGUAGAGCAGUUAUUUCCGGUCAAUGCUUGGGGGAAAGAGUUCAUAGUUAUCCAGACCGCAGGGAGAAUGGGAACGACGAAUUGUUAUUUCUCAGUGCCAUCAUGCGCUGAUACCGUGAGGGUAAUCGCUGCAGAGGCAAACACCGCAUUAACUAUUAAACACGGAUCCAAUGAGAUAGGAUCGACCUACAAUUUAGACCUUCCCGGUGACUGGAUACGUUUUGAUCUCAUAAAUGACACGGCUUACAUAACGAGUAACAAAGGUAUAUCGGUGAACCAACUCAUGUCCGAUGGUGUGAAAGGCGAUGCCGCACUUCUAGUAAUAGUUCCAGUUGAACAGUAUGCGAGCAUGGACAUCCUUCGAAACGUACCUGAUCCUGAACCAGCAAUAAAUAAUUUGAUGCUAUCAACCGAAACCGAUUUUGAAUCUUCUAUAUUUGUAAAUAGUAAUCCUAUAAUUCCUCCAUGGGAGACCUUGCCCGGUGGUAGAAGCUUUUACCGGACGGAAGUAACCGACACCGAAACACGUGUGUCGACGGCGAACUCGUCAAUACGUGUUGGUGGUUAUUUGUAUGUGAACAAGGUGUCUGUUUUCAGUUCCCACAUUUUAAACAUAGCCUCCUUUUUCCUUUGGAUAAAUACGCCGUGUGAAAUAACGGAUGCUAUUGCCGGUGAUGGUAUAGAUAAUGACUGUGAUGGUGCCAUUGAUGAAGAACCAUGUGAUGAAACGUCACCAGAAGCGACAAGCAACUCGAUUAUCACAGGUGAACAUUUCAUAAUUGGAAAGUGUAGAGAUAUGGACAAUGUUGGCGCUAUACCGUAGUAGACGUGUGGGGAUAUGGACAAUUUUGGCGUUAUACAGUAGUGGGUGUAUAGAGAUGUUAGCGCUAUACAGUAGUAGGUGUGUGGAGAUGUGGACAAUGUUAAAACUGUGGGAAAUCAACAUCAACUAAUCUAAUCUCG